AUGACGACUCUUCUAAGUGAAAGUCAGAGAGGUCAAGAACGGACGACAGUUGAAUUUACUCCACGGGUCAUAGCACCAGCCCAAAUGGAGCCCUGUGAAGAACAGAAUGGCAUGCUUUACACUGGGACCCUCUCGGUCACUGCAUCUGGAGCUAAGUGCCUGCCGUGGAACUCUGAGAAAGCCAAAGAGGUGCUCCAUGGAAAACACCUUGACCCAGAGGUGAAGCUGCUGGAGAAUUACUGUCGGAAUCCAGACGGAGAUGACGAGGGUGUCUGGUGUGUCACAGAUGAACCACCCAACUUUGAAUACUGCGAUCUGCACUACUGCGACAGCUUGCUAGAGGAUGGGAACGAACGUUUGGCGGGAAUAUCAGGACGUACUACCCUUCCUCAAGAAUUCAGAACCUUCUUUGAUGACAAAACUUUUGGUUCAGGCGAAGCAGACUGUGGCACUCGUCCUCUAUUUGAGAAGAGAAAGACAAUGGACAAAAGUGAGAAGGAGCUGCUGGAGUCCUACAUAGGAGGCAGAGUUGUCCAUGGGGAUGACGCAGAAGUUGGCAGCUCCCCCUGGCAGGUGAUGCUCUACAAAAAGAGUCCUCAAGAGCUGCUGUGUGGUGCCAGCCUCAUCAGUGACAGCUGGAUCUUGACUGCUGCUCAUUGUCUUUAUUAUCCACCCUGGGACAAGAACUUAACUACAAAUGACAUCUUGGUGCGGAUUGGCAAGCACAUAAGGGCAAAGUAUGAAAAGAACAAGGAGAAGAUUGCUCUGUUGGAUAAAAUCAUCAUCCACCCCAAGUACAACUGGAAAGAGAACAUGGACCGAGACAUUGCACUCAUGCACUUGAAGAGACCCAUCACCUUCAGUGACUAUAUCCAUCCUGUCUGCCUGCCUACCAAAGAGGUCGUGCAGAGGCUGAUGCUGGCAGGUUACAAGGGGCGGGUAACUGGUUGGGGAAACUUGAAAGAAACAUGGGCCACUAGCCCAAGCAACCUCCCCACAGUUCUGCAACAGCUCAACGUGCCCAUUGUAGAUCAAGCUACCUGCAAGGCAUCCACCAAAGUUAAAGUCACUGACAACAUGUUCUGCGCAGGUUACAGUCCUGAAGACUCAAAGAGAGGAGAUGCCUGUGAAGGGGACAGCGGGGGACCUUUUGUAAUGAAGAACCCAGAAGACAACCGUUGGUAUCAAGUGGGAAUAGUAUCAUGGGGAGAAGGCUGUGACCGAGACGGCAAAUACGGAUUUUACACCCACGUAUUCCGCCUGAAAAAGUGGAUGCGAAAAGCCAUCGAAAAACACGGGCGAUAGAGGAAGCGUUUACCUUGCUCGCUCUCAGUUUUGCUACAAUGCUCCACUUCUUAAAAACAUAAGCAUAGAAGAUCCUAAAGUAAAACAGUUACAUCCUUACAACUCGACAAAGGAAAGUGUUCUCCCUUGAAAAUAAAAGUUCUCAAACCCAU